GAUUGCCAAAAUCACCACUAUAAUACAUCUGUUAAACAAUGCGUUCAGGCCGCGCAGGUUGGAUUGGAUUUAAUACAGCGGCAUACAUAUGUGAAUUGGUGUUUUUGGGUUUGGCGAUCGCAGUACAAAUCUCACCAGAUUGGGCUGUUUACGAUCUUCCUUAUAUUGGUGUUAGCGAUGAUUACAACCAACUAAGUCGCUCUCGUGGACUAUGGAAGCAAUGUAUUACUAAUAAAAUAGUUAAUUCACCAUUCAAUGGACAAUGUUACGCAUUGGAACCUUUUGGAGAAUCUAGCAGCUACAAUGAUAAGGUGCAACCAAUAUUAGCAAUGAGAACUGCUAUAAAUGCACUACAGAUUAUUGCAAUCAUAUUGGUUUUCAUCAAUAUCGUUAUAACUUGUGUAAUUCUUAUCAUGAUAUGUGAGAAACCAGAUAAAUUCAGAACACGAACAGCUCAAUAUACAGCCUUAGGUGGAGGUGCUGCAUUAUGGUUUACAGGUAAAUUUAUUUUAU